ACUACCAUUUAUAUAGAGGACAAAACAAACUAAAGUGCCGAUUUGUCUCUGCAUGUUUAUAUCUAUUGAUCUACAAAACAUAACAUAUUUUUGUGCUUUUACGAAAAGAUGUGACGAUGUCCGCACAAACUGGGGGACAAAGACUUAUAGAUUAUUUUGUUGUAUGUGGCCUUGAUAAUGUGUCUGGAUUGGAGCCCGACCAGUUAUUAGGUGACUCAUUGCAUGUAGCUCCAGUUGAGAGAUCUUACAAAGCCAAAACUUUAGCUCACUAUCCUGAGAGUGUUUCAUGGAAUCCAUUUGAUGAACAUGCUGUCUGCAUGCUAUCGCUUCCAAAUGGACUACAAUUUAAGCUCAACACUGAAACCCACUCACCUUCAUUUCAUUCAUUUCUCAUCACACGCGAGGACGGCUCUCGCUUGCAUGGAUUUGCCCUAACAUUCUAUGAAAAGGUCAAAGACUAUGGAAUCUGCCAGGCAAUGCAAAUACUUCAGGAUAUGUUCAUGGCUGAACUAGCUUUAAGCUCUACAAAAACCCGAUCCCAUUCAGCGAUUCCCUAUAGGGACCAUUUGGAAGGAUUCGAAACCUACCUACAUAAUAAAUCUCCAAGCCCAACACCUGAAAUCAAACUAUACAACUCAGAGAAGCACAAUCUAUUGGUUUCCAAGUGUCUAUGUCUUGUUAUGCCGUUACCUUUUAUAAGUGCUGCAAAGGCAUGUCUGAACAAAAUUUACCAGGCAGGGUUACAUGAAGAAGAUUUAAACUUUCCUUUAGAGUGUUAUCUAUAUAAUCUCAUAUAUGAAGUCCCUCUACCUCCCCCUGGAAGAAAUUUGAAAUUUACUUGUAUUAUGGAGGAGGUUAUGUGUCAAAGGCCUGGGCCUAAUGAGCUGCCACUCUUUGAUUAUUCAAUGGAAGAUUUACUUGAGAUUGUUGGCAUAAAAGAUUUUUUAAAAUUGGUCUCCUGUGUCAUGCUGGAACAUCAGAUUUUAAUUAUUGGAUCUGAUUUUUACACCUUUAUGUUGGUAGCUGAAACCAUAACCUCGGUAAUAUUCCCUUACACAUGGCAACAUGUUUAUGUUCCAAUACUUCCAGCUUCGCUUCUGCAUUUCCUAGAGGCACCUGUACCGUUUGUAAUGGGUUUGUACUGCAAUGAUACCAAUGACACCGAUGCACUACUGCCUGCAAAGUCAUCGUUAUGUUGCCUGGAUUUAAACAACCGUGUUCUAACUGUUCCGGACGAGUUACCCGAAUUACCACACGAGAAGGAACUGUCCCAGGAAUUGUCCGAAGUUUUAGCAAAAUAUAGCAAAAAGGCAAAUGGAUCACCUAAUACAGGCCGAUCAAGUCCUUCCCAAAUCCCAAAAAAGAAAAACUCUGACGCUCGGCUAAUCGCUAGAAAACCUAAGAAAGUAGACGUAAUUAAGGCUGGUUUGACUCAUUUAAAGACGAGUAGAAGUGCUUCGAAUUUAACUCCAGGUGAAGGAAUAAACCCUAGGUUAGCCUCGUUGGAAAAAGUUGCCCAAAAAACGGGCAUUCAAAUAAAUUUACCAUUGGAUGGUAAAGAAAAACCGAGCGUUGACGUUGAACUGGACACGAAUGACGCGAGCGAGGGGGUGCAGGGACUGAAUGCUAAGAAAAUGCGGGAGUUGGAAUUUAAUCUGGAAAUUCGUGAAAUCUUAUUGAACUGGUUUACUCAGCUAUUUUAUGAUUAUGCGAGUUUUGUUAUAUACCCGCAGAACGAUGAAGAUAUCGAACAGUGGCUUCAAAAUCGGGAGCAAAUGGAAAAUUUUGAUAAAGCGGCAUUUUUGUCGGAUCAACCACCACAAUUUUUACCGUUUUUGGCUCCCUUCAUUGAAACGCAAAUGUUUGCAACUUUUAUUGAUAACAAGUUGUUUGAUUCUGAUCACGACACGAGACUAGCUGUGUUUGAUCAGAGGAUAGAGCAAAUAAAUAACAGGUUGGGCAAUGAUGUCAGGUCGCAUUCGUACGAGAGAUGUCAGAGUGUAAGGACCGCAUUACAAGUUUUAUCCAAACGGACGAACUCCAUUGAUCACACAGCACCAGUUCCUCAUGUACUUGACGUAGAGAUAAGGCGAGGGAUGGGUGAUGGAAUUUUUCCGGAUUUGAUCGAAGAAGCUUUUGUGCUGGAUAAUGUUGAUUACGGACGUCGUCAGCCGAAAGUCAACUGGCGACGUCGAGAUCGGCAGAAGCAACACUCAGAGCAUAUAUCACUUAACGCCGCCAUAAAGCAGGACGGGAAGAAAAUACGAGACAAGCUUGCUGUCAGCCUUAAGAGAUACCUGCAGGAGAACAAAAGUACAAGAAGCGCGAAGUCUCAACUCGGUGACAUGAGCUUGAACUCGUCUGAUGCACACAUCAGUUUUAUUCAGCAAUUAUUGACUGAGUGUAAAGCAAAGACAAAAAGAAUGCUGGUGUUGAAGAUGGGUCAGGAAGCAAAAGAUCUCGGUCAUAAUGAUGUCAAAGGCGUCGAAGAGAACACGUUGAUUGCAAGUUUGUGUGAUCUUCUUGAUAGGAUCUGGGGACAUGGAUUGAACAUACGGAAGGCGAAGUCUCCGCUUUGGUUUCAUCUACUGUCUUACUAUGAAAGCUGUGAUGGAGACGCCAUGGAACUUUCUGAAGACAGUUUCAGUAGCAUGUCAUUUCCACGAAGUGCUGAAUCAUCCCCAGUCCUUCCACGAAAACAACACAUGCGACGGAGCACCUCGCCAGAACCUAGUCGGGUACGGACGGAAAGUCCCGCCGGUCGUCGUGUUACUAUGGCUUCGAAGACUUUGGGGACCGAUGUAAGUCGUCAGAGGAGUUUUUCUCCGAGCCCAUUAAACCGCGUUCAACGACACGAACGACAUCGUCGCUGUACCUCGCCUUCUUUGCCCGUUUUUAAGCUGUCAGAGUUUAAUCCACAAUCGAGCUCUUCUGGUCUGCCUCAGAUAAACAUAAUACCACCUUUAGUCGAUGUUGAAAAGGGUCGUUUGUUAAUUACUAUCAGGAGUGUGAGAAAUUUAUCUGAAAUUAAGACUGACACCGGGUGCCUUCGCGCCUUUGUAAGGUUGGCACUUGAAAAGAAAACAUUGUCCAAGCAUUUGAAAACAUUGUUGAAUGAUAAAGAUAUUUUAAGGCAGUACUACAAGAAUUAUGCGUUUGUCCGCACAGAAGAAGAAAGAGAGCAGUUCUUGUACUAUUUAUUGUCGUUAAAUGCUGUGGAUUAUUUCUGCUUUACCAAUUGUUUCACUACUUUAGCAAUCACGUAUAAAGUUGUCAUAGUAACAGGCAAGCAGCUUGGCGGCAGCACGACUACAGCAAAUGUGUGGAUGAUUUUGGCGGGAGAAAUAAAAGAUACCAAUAUCAUUGAUGUACCCAAGGGAGAAUGUGAAUUUCGUUUUCAGCAUCCAAAUGUUGGCAAGCUAACAACAUUGCGGAUCGGUCAUGAUAGCUCUGGGUAUGCUCCUGGAUGGUUUGUUGAACAAGUCUUGGUUAGAAAUGAGAUUACGGGACAUCUUUAUCGGUUUCCAUGCGGCCGGUGGUUAGCGAAGAGUAAUGAUGAUGGAAGUACAGAAAGAUUGUUGGUGGCAGAAUUACAGCAGAAACAAAACAAUAAUAACGAAGAAUGUGGAGGUUCCAAUUCAAAUUCACCUCAAAGAAGAUCACCAGUCGUCGCUCGAAAAACCCCUGAAAGGAACAGUAUUCCAGUCGUUCAGGAAAACGUCGCUAACGCGGUUAAUAACAUCGUGAAAUAUUUUUGUAGACAAGAACCAGGCGAGAGAGGUUACCUGACGUACUUGCUUUGUGGUGAAAAUGGACUUUGUGAUUCAUUGGAUCAGGUCUUCCAAUGUGGUUUCAAAUCAUCGCGACUCUUUCAAAAGAACUUUUUCAUCUGGGAUUUUAUUGAAAAAGUGUACAUGUAUCUUAAUUCCGAAGAAGGAUCAUUCAUUUUGACAGAACAGCGUCAUGCUAAAUUAUCGUUUUGUUCAGUCGUUCAGAAGAUUAAUGAUGCCUCACAGACGGUCGGUAAGGAUGGCAAGUUCCAAACUCUUAUUUGUCUCGGUGCAAGGGAUCAUUUGCUCGAGGAGUGGUUCCCUCUGAUCUCUGUAUGCCCAGUCACGACUCACAUGUACGAACAAAACUCAUUCUUGCGAGAUAAAGACAUGAUUCAAUUCCUGGUCGAUGUACUUCGUUCAUUGGUUGAAUUCAAUAUCGUACUCGAGUCGUCACUGUUGAAAGGAAUAUCAUAGCAGGUUUGGAAUUCCAGGUAUACAGCUGUUAACUGAACGGCGGUAUCCUAUGUAUGUUCGAUGUGUAACACGGCUAAAUCACAAAUCCGGGGUAAAUCUAUCCUAACCUUUCACUUCCGAUAUGUUAAUUCCGUGAUAUAUAUUGGGAUGGGGUUCUUUUGUUCAAGUCGUCGUUCGGGAAAACCUCGGUCAUGAAAAUUUUGGGGAGAAUGGGAGGUUAAAUAUGGGUUUAAUAAUGGAUUAAUUUAACAAUAGACUUUAUUCACAAACGAAGAAUUUACCAUCGGAUUUCAGAUAAUCAAACGCCACUAUAAUGGUAAUAAAAUGGAAAUAAUCCACAAAUAUUUGAAUUUUAUAACAAUUGAGUGAAUUCGAUCGUCCACGAAAUGAACAAUUAUUAUUAGGAAAAUUUAAUACACCGAAAUAUUAUUGAAUUAUUGUAGAUCUUGGCAAAACUAAUAUUGUACGAGAUGCAUCUUUUUAACACUGACUGCGAGAGUUUUGUAAUAUAAAAAUUA